AAGAUGAUGGGCGUCAGAAAAUUAGAGAAGAAAAAGACAAAGGAAAAGAGCUGCAGGCCAUAAAGGAGCGUUAUCUUGGUGGUAUGAAGAAACGGCGGCGUACACGCCAUCUGAAUGACAGGAAGUUUGUCUUUGAGUGGGAUGCGUCUGAAGACACAUCAACCGACUACAAUCCAAUUUAUAAAGAAAAGCAUCAGGUUUAGCUGUACCGUCGAGGCUUCAUCGCCGGCAUCGACCUCAAGCAGCAGAAGAGAGAUCAGUCCCGGUUCUACGGAGACCUGAUGGAGAAGAGACGGACCCUUGAAGAGAAGGAGCAAGAGGAACUGAGGCUGAAGAAGGUCCGAAAGAAGGAGGCCAAGCAGCGCUGGGACGACCGGCACUGGUCUCAGAAGAAGAUGGAUGAGAUGACAGACAGAGACUGGAGAAUCUUCAGAGAGGAUUACAGCAUCACGACCAAAGGAGGAAAGAUCCCCAACCCCAUCCGCAACUGGAAGGAGUAUUCACUGCCGCCGCACAUUCUGGAGGUCAUCGAAAAGUGUGGAUAUAAGGAUCCCACACCUAUCCAGAGGCAGGCCAUUCCUAUUGGCCUACAGAACCGUGACAUCAUUGGUGUGGCCGAGACUGGUAGUGGUAAAACCGCCGCCUUCCUCAUUCCUUUAUUGGUCUGGAUCACCACUCUGCCUAAGAUUGACAGGAUCGAGGACUCGGAUCAGGGACCGUAUGCCGUCAUUCUGGCCCCCACUCGUGAGCUGGCACAGCAGAUAGAGGAGGAGACGAUUAAAUUCGGCAAACCGCUGGGGAUCCGGACGGUGGCUGUGAUCGGUGGAAUAUCCAGAGAGGAUCAAGGCUUCAAACUCAGGAUGGGUUGUGAGACUGAGGCUGAAGAAGGUCCGAAAGAAGGAGGCCAAGCAGCGCUGGGAUGA